AAUAAUAUUUUAACAUAGUAUUCAAAAUUAGUAUGGCGAAAAAAAUCGAAAGCAGAAAAAAACAACCUAAAAAUAGCACAAUUAUUAAAGCGGAUAAAUCAAAACUAGAAGCUCAGGAACGACUAUGUGAAAUUGACAGGAAACGAGAAAAAGAGGCUUUGCAGGCACAAAAAAAUGAAGAGUUGAAGAUUCGAGAACACCAGCUUCGUGAGAAACGUUUAAAACCCAUCUGUGCCAUGUUAUCGACAUUAGCCCAGAAAAAAUAUGAACACGAUCAAAUAUAUCGUGAUGAAUUGGACUGGAAACAUUUAAUAGAGUGUAACGGUACUCCUAAUCCUAGAAAUGUACAAGAACUCAAUACAUAUCUAUUUGUCUGGAAAAAAGUAAAUCAUGCUAAUGAUAAUUGGAACUCUUACGAGGAUAAAUGUUUAGAAAUAUUUAAUAUUAUGGAUGCAGUAGAUGACACCGUGGAUUUACCACUGAAUUUUAAUCAAUUUAAACUUCAGUGUUUUCGAGAAGCUAGAGACAACUUGGGAAGACUGUUGGUAGAAAUUGUGUAUGGAGCAUGUUAUCAUCUGCUAAGUGAUUAUGAACGCAGAAUGGAUCCAAUAGAUUUAGAAACAGUUGCUUAUCAAAAUUCUUGUGAAGCAUUUGCUGUUGGCUUGCAUGCAGUAUGCCAUAGGCCUAGAUUACAGACAGAUGACAGACCACCCCCAAAAUGUGAUUUCCCAGAAUGUCUGGUGAUGGUGGAUGUACCACCACAACUUUCACAACAACAUAUGGCAAUAAUGGCUCUUUGGCUACGCUGGGAUCCUUUCAUAGACAGAAUGGCUGAGUUUGAUGCAUCAAAAUCACUAGAGUCAGAUAUUCGAAGUCUGUGGCAGUACUUGGAAGAUAUGUGGGAAGAACGCAACCAAAUAUUACAGAAAUUUAACGAAGAAAAGGAACAAGUAAAAAAGGAAUUAUGGAUCAUUAAAAUGGAAGAAAAACUAAAAUUGUUCUCUGCAGUCGAUCCAAGCAAUUACCCAGACGAUUUAAAAGCAUACAUCGACGAACUAAGAGAAAAUGAAACAGAAAUUAUUAGAGAAAACGGACCAGAAUAUAAAGCAGUACAAGAAAUGGAAGAACGCCAAGAUGAGGUCGAGAUAAAAGAUGAACCACAAAUAUCAGAAGAAGUAAAAGCAACUAAAUCAACAAUACACAUUGAUUUCAAAAAAUCUCCCAGUCAAGAAAUGGAAAAAAAGCAGCUGGAAGAAAUGGAAAAAAUUUCUAUUUCAUUGAAAUAUCAAGAAAAACCAAAUGAACUGAAUCCCAGAAGAUACUGGAUUAUUGGUGGAGCAUUUAAUGUAGAAAUGUGGAAACUUCCUAUGCAGCCUGUAGAACAUAAAGAUGGGAGUGUGGUCGUAAUGCUCGUAGGCCAUUCUGCACUGCAAUCAAUCGAUUAUCAUGAAAAAUACGAGCCGUUACAGUUAUCCGUACGUUUUUCGUCUACAUCGUCGGAAGACGAAGAAACGGAUGUCAAGAAACAAAACCAAGAAGCUCUUAAGAGACUGACAAUGGUAAAUAUAAAGUUACCAGAAAAUGUGCUUUGGUUCGAAAACCCUAAGCCAGCCAUGUGGAAUGAGGAAAAAAAAAUUUGGACUACUGAUUACAUAUAUGACGUCAGGUUCAACGAGGAGAAGCAGAUGGUAUCCUUCCGCGCGGGUCGGAUGGGCUCGUUCGGGCUGGCCGUCAACCGGUACUCGAACUUCCCGUUCCAGUCGUGGGAGAUACGGCCCGAGGGCAACAGCCCGGACAGCGGCGUCGUGCUGUCCGUGACCGCGGCCACAGUGCUGAUCGAGUUCGUGGUGCGCGGCGACCACGCGGCCAUGGUGCAGCUUCAGAACGCGACCACGGUGGCGCUACAGGAGAUGAUCGGCGUGUACCACCGGCCGGACAAGCUGGUGCGAUUGCUGCGCCGCGGCGGCGUCAACCUGUUUCCCGCGCCGGACGCGCUGCACUACGUGGACGGGCGCCGGCCGCCCAAGCACACGGUCGCCGAGCGACACACGUACCGGUGCAUGGCCGCCCUGAGCGGCACCCACCAGUUCACCGCGUCCCGGUGGAACGUCCACGUGGCCACCAACCGGAUUGUGAUGCAGAUGAAAGAGAUACCGGUCGACGAAGCGGCCGUCGACGAGUCCCUUGCCGCUGCUGUUGCCGCCGCUUCAGCGGGCGGUGGUGGCGUGAGCGUCCCGUUCAAGAUGGUCAUGGUGACGCCGGAACGGGCCUUGCUGCUCAAGUGCAACGAGGUCAGCCAAGCGUUCUCGGAGGAACCGCUGAACCCGGAUGACGACGCGCCGUUCGCGCCCGACCUGUUCGCACUAGCCGUGGACACCGCGAGCACGGAUCGCGUGCGCGCCGCCUUGGCAGACGUCCGCGACUUUGAGACCGUACAGACGUUGUACUACCUGUUGGACAAGAUUAAAUUCUUGAGCUAUUCUUGAUCCGCUCCCCCGUCCGUCAUCUGAAACCACCCCCUCGUGCUGCAGCAAUUGGUCGAUCGAAAUAAUACAUUCUAUUCGGUAUCGAAAAAAAAAAAAAAAAGAAAAAGAUCAUGUGGAAAAUAAAUAAUUUUAAAUUCGAUGGCCGAUUAAUUUAUAGAUCGUGAAACAGAAGAUAGUCCAUCCACGUAUUUUGUUUAAGGUUAGUACAUAGCAGUUUAAGAUCUAAAUUAGUCCAAGUUCAAGGUUAACAUUUAAGGAAGGUAUAUGGAAGGUUAGUAUAUAUAACGAACGUGUUGCCAGUCCCCCUUGAAAAAUCUAAAAAAAAUUAUGUAAAUAAUUAGCUUGCAAUUCACAAUAAUUCGCAAGACCUAUAUCAAAAAAUUCGCACGAUACUCCUUCCCUUCCAAAAUCCAAAAUCCAAAAUCCAUAGGGGGCUGGAAACACGUUCGUGUCAGAUUAGCACAGGGAUGACAAACCUUUUGAACAAACACUGC